GGCUAUUACUUCUCAGGGAAAAUUUCACUCUUCAUUGCCUGAAAUUUUUCCUGCCAAAUAUAUUAAGAACAAGCACUACAUACAUUCUACACCAUUUUCUUUUUCUCUAUUGAUUUACGUACGCACGUACGAUUAGCUCACAAGUUCGAUUCAUUCCAUUUCCUCUGCAACAAGCGGACGGCUCUUUGUCGAUUUUCUCAGUAUUCCCGUGACUCCAACGUCCGAUCAUUGUAGAUAUCAUUUCAAGCAUAUCCGGGUGUGGAAAGAGAAAUAAUAUAACUAGCUACUUAGCAAUGGAGAACAUGGAGAUAGCUCACGAAAAUGGCAGCGGCGUCACCAGCGGGCUCUUAGGGAAACUAUGCAACAGCAGCAGCGACCCUUUGAAUUGGGGCGCAAUGGCAGAGUCGUUAAAGGGGAGCCACCUUGACGAGGUGUUGAGGAUGGUGGCCGAGUCUCGGAGGCCGGUGGUCCGACUUGGUGGCGAGUCCCUCACGAUAGCUCAGGUGGUGGCUGCAGCAGCCGCCAGCUUGGGGGCCAGAGUCGAGCUGUCGGAGGAGGCGAGGGCCGGCGUGAAGGCCAGCAGCGACUGGGUCAUGGACAGCAUGAACAAGGGUACUGACAGCUACGGGGUCACCACAGGGUUUGGAGCCACUUCCCAUAGGAGGACCAAGCAGGGUGGAGCCCUUCAAAAGGAGCUUAUAAGAUUUUUGAAUGCUGGCAUUUUCGGGAACGGGACAGAGUCGUGCCACACGCUGCCGCACUCGGCAACCCGAGCGGCCAUGUUGGUGAGGAUCAACACCCUCCUCCAGGGGUACUCCGGCAUCAGGUUUGAGAUCCUGGAAGCCAUCACAAAACUCCUCAACCACAACAUCACCCCGUGCUUACCGCUUAGGGGAACCAUCACGGCAUCGGGCGACCUCGUCCCACUGUCCUACAUUGCUGGGCUAUUAACGGGCAGGCCCAACUCCAAGGCCGUCGGGCCCAAUGGCGAGACACUGGAUGCUACCCAGGCCUUCAGUCUGGCUGGGAUUGAGAGCGGGUUCUUCGAGCUGCAGCCCAAGGAAGGCCUCGCUAUGGUGAAUGGCACGGCGGUCGGGUCCGGCUUGGCAUCCAUAGUCCUCUUCGAGGCCAACAUAUUGGCAGUCAUGUCAGAGGUUCUCUCGGCAAUCUUCGCCGAAGUCAUGCAAGGCAAGCCCGAAUUCACGGACCACUUGACGCAUAAACUGAAGCACCACCCGGGCCAAAUCGAGGCCGCUGCCAUAAUGGAGCACAUCUUAGACGGGAGCUCUUACGUCAAAGAGGCCGAGAGAUUGCACGAAAUGGACCCCCUCCAGAAGCCCAAACAGGACCGUUACGCCCUGAGGACAUCUCCCCAGUGGCUCGGGCCCCAGAUAGAAGUGAUCCGGGCUGCAACAAAGAUGAUCGAGCGGGAAAUUAACUCCGUGAACGAUAACCCGUUAAUCGACGUCUCGAGGAACAAGGCCCUCCAUGGCGGGAACUUCCAGGGGACCCCGAUCGGGGUGUCCAUGGACAACACCCGGCUCGCACUCGCCUCGAUCGGGAAGCUGAUGUUCGCUCAGUUCUCCGAGCUCGUGAAUGACUUCUACAACAACGGGCUCCCCUCAAACUUGUCCGGUGGGAGGAACCCGAGCUUGGACUACGGGUUCAAGGGGGCAGAGAUCGCAAUGGCCUCGUACUGCUCCGAGCUCCAGUUCCUGGCGAAUCCGGUGACGAACCACGUCCAGAGCGCGGAGCAACACAACCAAGACGUGAACUCGCUGGGUCUGAUCUCGUCCCGGAAGACGGCCGAGGCGGUGGACGUGCUGAAACUCAUGUCCUCCACAUUCCUGAUAGCCCUCUGCCAAGCCAUUGACUUGAGGCACUUGGAGGAGAUCCUAAAGAGCACAGUGAGGAACACCGUCGGCCAAGUUGCUAGGAAAGUCCUCCUGACGGGUCCUCAAGGGGAACUCCACGAGGCCCGGCACUCCGAGCUGGGCCUGAUCCAGACCGUCGAGCGGGAGCAUGUGUUCGCCUACGCUGACGACCCCUGCAGCCCGAACUACCCGUUGAUGCAGAAGCUGAGACAAGUCCUGGUCGACUCCGCAUUGAGCAACGGGGAAAAAGAACUGAACCCAACCACCUCCAUCUUCCAGAAGAUAGCCGCCUUCGAGGAGGAGCUGAAGGCGGUGCUCCCGAAGGAAGUGGAGAAGGCACGUGCUGAGCACGAGGCUGGGAGCUCCAAGGUCGAGAACCGGAUCGAGAAAUGCCGGUCUUAUCCGCUGUACCGGUUUGUGAGGGAGGAGCUCGGGACUGGGAUGCUCACGGGGGAGAAGGUCCUGUCCCCAGGGGAGGACUUCGACAAGGUGUUCACGGCAAUGUGUGAAGGGAAGUUGAUCGACCCAUUGAUGGACUGCCUCAAGGAGUGGAACGGAGCUCCUCUUCCUAUCUGCUAGGGGAACAUUUUACUCAUAUCACAUCGUCAUCAUACCAAUGAAGAAGAAGAAAACAAUCGAUGGUCAAUGCUUUUUUUGUUAUUAUUAUUUUUUUUGGGUAUGCAAGUUCUUGAAAAGUUCUCUCAACAUAUCUGUAACUGUGACUUGGGAUAAAUUUGUACUUUUCUCAUGUU